UUGGAAGUAGUUCCGGUGGUUUAGCAAGAGAACGGAGUCAGGAGACGCGGCGGGAUCCUGUUGUUGGAGAAGCAAACGCGAAUAGCGGGAUGAGGAAGUCUCCAAUUCAUGGCACACAAUUGACCACAGCACRGGUCAAUGUGACACGAGUAUUGCAUGGAGCAUGCAACUUCAGUGACAGCCCUAGAAGGUGAAGAAGCUCAGUCCUCGGAGGAAAUGUUCAAGUGCAGCGCUGGAACCUCUGUAAAAUUUUAACCGGUUCAUAACCAUCCACCCGGCAUUGGCGCCUCAAUGAGGAGCGUAUGAACAUGCACCAUAGAAGGACUACUCUACCUUUCGGUUCAAUACAUUCCACAGAUGCUUGGGCCAGAGAAGAGAUGUAAAGAUACUAAAACAAAUUCAGCCGGUGCCGCUGUGCAACAGCAAUCCAGUGAGCGAAAGGAGAGCAUCUCCCCGCCCUGCCCCUGAGUCCCCCAACCCUUCACCACCAUCAUGACCUCUGAACUAGGGAGCAGCCUUACCUCCAUGGACUGGCUUCCCCAGCUUACCAUGCGGGCGGCCAUCCAGAAWUCCAACGCCGGGCACCAACACCACACUCACGGGUACCCCCACGGGCAUCAUGGCCACGGGCUGGGAAAGAAGAAUGCCCSGCUGGACCAGGGAAACAUGCUGGACCAGGAGGAGGUGGCCCAGCAUAGGGAUGGCAAACCACCCUACAGCUACGCCAGCCUUAUCACCUUCGCCAUUAACGGCUCGCCGCACAAGAGGAUGACCCUCAGCGAGAUCUACCAGUGGAUCUGUGACAACUUCCCCUACUACCGGGAGGCUGGCAGCGGCUGGAAGAACUCAAUACGGCAUAAUCUGUCCCUGAACAAGUGUUUUCUCAAAGUGCCUCGCUCUAAAGACGACCCUGGGAAAGGGUCCUACUGGGCUAUAGACACCAACCCUAAAGAGGACACACUGCCCACCAGACCAAAGAAGAGGCCGCGCUCUGGAGAAAUGGCCUCCACCCCCUACAGCCUGGAAUCGGAGUCCCUGCGAAUGGACUGUAUCAUGUACGGAGAUGCCUCUCCCACUCUGGCAAUCAACACUGUGACUAACAAGGUAGUGUUGUACAAGACGGAGCAGGAGGACAGCGACAGCCCCAGGAGCAGCCUCAAUAACAGCCUCUCUGACCAGAGCCUGUCCUCAGUCAACCUCAACAGCGUAGGCAUCGCGCACAGCUACACGCCGGUCAGUAAUCACACAGAACCCUCCUCCCAGUCUCUGAGUUUAAAGCUGCAUCCUCCCCCUCCACUUCCUCCUCCUCCCCAGCCCCAGUACAACGUAGCCGAGGGGGACAAGCAGCUCCUCUUCUCUGACUUCGAGGACCUCAGUGCCUCCUUCCGCAGCCUCUACAAGUCUGUCUUUGAGCAGUCCUUCAGCCAGCAUGGUCUCAUGGGUAUGCCCAGCGAAUCGAGCCAGCAGCCACAGACGUUGUGCUCCUACCAGCACUCCCCUGGCCGGGGCAGCAGCAGGGGCAUCAACGCCCACAACCACCAACACGCACACAACCACGGUCACCGCCAUAACCACCACCCGCCCCACUCGCAGCACCUCUCUCCCCACGCCACACACAACCAACACCAACCUCAUCAACACACUCAGCACAGGCAGCACUCAUCUCAGCACACACAGCACCCUCAACACCGCCAGCACCCCAACAGUGGGCAGCAGCAGUCACAGCACCUCCAGAGCCAUACUGGCCAGCCAGCACAGAUGCCCUGCACCAGCACUGGUCUGUCAGCCGACUGGUACCCCAACUUGGACUGGCUGAAGGAGAGCUGUCGCAUCGCCGGCAGCUACAACUGGGCUGACGUGGACCUCGCUCCAUUCCAAGGACUAAAGGAAAGCAUGAGGCAGGCGGAGCUCAACAACUGGUCCCUGGACUCAGCCCAGAUAGCCGAACUGUGCUCCUCCAUCAACCAGUUCUUCACCCGCACUGGGGUCAUCCCACCACAAGGCCCAUUGCAACCACAGCCACCCCCGCCUGCCUGUCACGGCCCCAUGCACACCAGCAAGCCCAGUCAGCACAUCAACACAGGUAAUCCGUAUAUGGACUCUAGACAGAACAUGUCUUCAAUGAUGGGACCCCCGGGUUACCCCCACAUGACCCCCAUGAGCACCGCAGGCUCCACGAUGACAGGGCACCAUGGCCAGAUGAACCAGCAGCACAUGAUGCCACCUGGGCACUACCAGAUGAGGAGGCUGCCUACCGAAGACAUCCAGGACGACUUUGACUGGGACUCCAUCGUUUAGAACUGCCCCAAGGAGAGGAAGAACGAGGGAUAGGGAAAGAGGAUCAGAAGAGUGGAAGAGGAUUGGGACCGGCCACAUAUGCCCUUUGGAGAAAGAGAGACAUUACAGGAGAGGAGUGUCAAUCACCUGAUUUUGGUCUUUUUAUACAAGAGUGUAGAGUGACUUUGAAGACAAUCAAACGUAAAGAGAGACUAGUCAACGUUUACCACUGGACAAGUUAUGGUCAUUUUGUCGAGAAAAAAUUACAUUUGGAACGGUUUCGUCUCAAUGUUCCAAGUGCCAACAGGUUUAGAAGUCGCCACAAAUUGUGACAAGCGAUGGUGAAGUAUUUUGUUUAAUAUAUGCUUCGAUUCUCGUUUCCUUCCGCUCAAAGUGGAAAGUAGCGUUUGUGUUUUCCGACAGGUUUUUUUCAAGACACGUCCACCUGCCACUGAACUGAAAGGACUGGGCGUGGAUGAAAAAGAUAGUGCCAUUAUACGRCGGAACAAACAACCGGCAUCAUGCCAAUUAGUCCACACAGUAUUGUGACUUUUCCUCCUCUACUCCCCUAUCUGGCAGAAGGGAUAAGAAAUCCACAGAAUUAUAUUUGCGCCACUUCCAAGAAAUACAGGUAGUUAGAAAUGUGACAAUAGGGGUAGACCAGAUAAGAAUGCUCACGCUAAUAAGGGAAUGACAUUGGGGUACGGUGGCUGUCGACAACAACAAGUGUUUGACUGACUCAGGCGCCAUCUUGUUGGUGUAGGCUUAUAUUGCAGAGAGAAGUGACCGUAUGUUAUCAGAGGAGAAAUCACAUUAUACCACACCUGGGUUCAAAUGCUAUUUGAAAUKUUUCCCGCCUUGAGUGCGAGAUUAAUGGGGUUUGCACUUUUGAGAUGUUUCUAUUGGUCCAAAAAGUCUUAAUCAAGCACAGCUGAAUUUUAUGAAAUUCAAAUAAAAUAUUUUGUACUUUUUAGCCAUUUUUCUCCCCAAUUUCGUGAUAUCCAAUUGGUAGUUAG